AAAGCAAACAUAUCCCUUGGCGGUGGCUAAGGUUGUCUCUCAAGUCUCACCCUCUCUCCCCCACUCAAAGACAUUAAUUAUUCGUUGAAACCGAAGUUUCAUGUUUGAAAUUUCUGGUGGCACUAUUCUUUCACAAAUGUCCAAUAAAAGAAUGGCAUGAGAAACGCGUUUAGCUAUAUUAAUAAAAACAUAUAGAAGAAAGAUUGCAAGAGAGCAUCAUUUUAUAUAUAUAUAUAUGUCAAUUUCACAAGAAAAAGCUUUAAAACAUGAGUUUGUUUGACAAAAUUUCUUGGAAAGACUCCCAAAAAGAAAGAAAGAAUAGGAAGAGAGAGGAAAGAGAACUGCAAAUGUUCUUAUCUGUUUUCUCUUCUUUCCUCAAGAAUGGCUGAAGAUGUUUGCUUACUAUUCAACAGGGAUUCAUCAGUCACAAAGACUCCAAAGAAAUCUCCUUUAGCUUUGAGAUUGGUGGUUUUAGCUUUUGCUAUGGUUUGUGGAAUUUAUAUUUGCUCAAUAUGUUUAAAGCAAAUAGGGCCACAGACAACAGCCUCAUUCUUAAAUUUCAUGGUAUUCGACCAACAAUGUAAUACUUCCGAUAUAGAACCGUCCGAACUUCCUUACGUGCAUUACCCUAAUCCCGUAACAUUUAGCAGAGAGGAAUGUGCUUGCAAUCCUGUAAGGUAUUUUGCAAUCUUGUCUAUGCAAAGAUCAGGAAGUGGAUGGUUUGAAACAUUGCUAAACAGUCACAUCAACGUUAGCUCCAAUGGAGAAAUCUUUGGAAAGAAAGAUAGAAGGGCAAAUGUUUCUGCAAUUGUAAAGACAUUGGAUAAAGUAUAUAAUCUUGAUUGGUUUAGCAGUGCUUCAAAGAACGAGUGCAAUGCAGCUGUUGGAUUCAAAUGGAUGCUUAAUCAGGUAAAUAACUUGCUUAGUUGCAGAUAUUUUACAUAGUUUGUAUUUCCAUCC